AUGGCGGCCCCUGCGACUCCCCCCCGCCGCCCUGCCAAGCGCGUCACCCAGCAGCCAGCCCGCCCACGUGACCCUGCUAUAGAGAGGGCCCUGCAGCUGUCGACAUUCGAGGGCAACUAUGGCACCGAAGAGUUCAUCUCGGUCCUCAGCGACAAGCUCAUCGACAGCUCAAAGACUACCCCGGGUCCGUUUAACCCGGCGCCGUUCCUGCAGACGUUCUCGCCCGCGCUCGACUCGUUGUUGGCUCUGCGCGCCCAAGUCGCAGAGCGUACCAAGAAGAUGGAGACCGACGUCCGGCGUGCCGAGCGCGAGUACGGCAAGCGUCUCAGAGAGCUUGACGGGGGCUUCGAGACUAUCGGCAAAUCAUUCACCAACCUCGAAAGCAAAAUCACCGACGUGGGCCGUACUGCUAUCCGCAUAGGCGAACAGCUCGAAUCCCUCCACCAAACCCGGUCCACUGCUCAGUCCACGUCCCUUCUUUUAUCGUACUAUCUCUCAGCGACACACGCUUCCGCCACCGACGACCAGACGAGCCCGCUCGAGCAGCUCUUUGCGACGAGGGCGAGCAGGGCAGGGAGGGAAAAGCUAGCGGUGGUGCUGAGAAGGUUGAUGAUUGUGGCGAAGGAUGUAGCGGACAAUGCUGCUACGGCCUUGCUCGAGGCGGAGCAGGGGGGGAAGGAAGGGGAUGAGUCUAGUGUGGCGGUGGAUCAGCGGUUGGUGGGCAAGAGAAGGAGGGAGAAGGAGCGGGGGGAGAGGGUGAGGGACCAGAUUGAGUGUUAUUGUGAGAGGUUUGAGAAGGAGCUCUUGAGGCUUUUCGAUAGGAGUUAUAGGAAGGGUGAUCCGAGGACGAUGGCUCAUUGUGCCAAGACGCUUCAAGAGUUUAAUGGUGGAGCUUCUUGUAUCCAGAUAUACGUCAACCAGCACGAUUUCUUCAUCAAAGACCACCACCUCGACGAAUCCUCUUCCCCCGACACUGUCGACCUCUGGGCGGAAAUUGCAAACCCCGACUCGCCCGCCCCGAAAUCAGAGCCUGCGUUGGAAAAGCUCUGCGCGUCGAUUAGGGAGACGAUAGCGCAAGAGAGCCAGAUUAUGAAGGCGGUUUUCCAUCCGAACAGUAGUGCGGUCAUGGAAGGGUUCCUGCAGCGCAUCUUUGCGCAAGUCAUUCAACAGCAUCUUGAAAACCUUGUAUCCCGCGCUGCAUCAACUUCCACCCUCGCCCUCCUGCGUAUCCUCCACCUCACCCACACUAUCUGCUCCGCCCUCGUCGACGACCUUAAAGCAUACGACGGCGUCCUCACCUCUCCCCUCGGCCCGCGCUCUUCUCUCGACGCUGGGUCUUCUAGUGGUGGUGGGGAGGGGUCGGGGAAGGGAGCGGGCGCGGGGACGUUGAGUGCGUAUUUGGAUAGGGCGUUGGAGGAGAUGUAUGUACCGUGGUUGGAGGGGAGUAGGUAUUUGGAGAGUGAAAGUAAGAAUUUGGUAGAGUUGUAUGCUGGGCUGCUUUCCAGAUUCACCAGGUACCACGAGACGGUACUCGAAGCGAAACCAAACUCGCUCCUCAACAAGGUAGUCCACCAACUCGCGUCCUCCUCAUCUGCCGCCUCCUCCGCCACCUCCUCCUCCGCCCAGACGGCCGCCCAGGCGAUAGGGCGCUAUGCCAACCUCUUUACAUCCACCAAAGACAACCCCUCCGGCACUUCCACACCGAUAGUCAACGCGCAGGCUGCUGCUAUCGCUGCUGGAGGCGCAGCAGGGGUGAGGACGGAUUUAGGUAAUGUUAAUAAGGGGCUGGAGGAGAGGGUGUGGAGCACGGAUGGGGUGGUGACGGUGGGGAUGGCGGAGAGGAUGUUGAGGUGGCAUGCGGAAGCUGUGGGGCGGUGUGUAGAGUUGAGCGGGGGUGACGUGGGCAAGAAUGCGCUAGCAUUGCUCAAAGUGCUUUCAGAGGCGAUAGGCCGCUCAUUCGUCGAAACAUCCCUCGACUCAUCCCUCGUCCUCCUCUCAUCCCAAGACCCCAAGACCGCACCCGACCUCUCGCCGCUGCAGACGUUGAAAGCGACCGCGGGGAUACAUGUGCUCUGGCAAAAGUAUAGUGGGAUGGCGGUGGUGCCGCUGGCGGGGGGGAAUGUGGGGUUGAGAAGGGAGAUGGUGGGGCUGGGGCGGCAUGGGGUGGUGAGGUUGGAGGGGAAGGUUAAUGAGGUUGUGCAGAAGGGUGUUGAUCUCAUACUUGGCCACCUCGCGCAUAUCUUGACGAAACAGAAGAAGAAUGACUACAAACCCAAAAAUGACGAUAUCUCGUUUGCGAGGACGAUCACGGAACCGUGUGAGCUUGCGGUAGAGUUUUUGGGGGAAGUGAGGGAUGCCGUGAGGGGGUGCUUGACGGGCGGGAAUGCGGAGGGGUUCUUGGUGGAGGUUGGGGUUGGGUUCCAUGCGUUGUUGUUGGAUCAUUAUCGCAAGUUCCCGGUGAACCCGACGGGUGGUUUGAUGCUCACAAAGGACCUCGCCUCCUACCAAGACAUCAUCGCGACAUUCUCCAUCCCCGCCCUCAACGAACGUUUCGACAUGCUGCGCCAGCUCGGCAACUCGUUCAUCGUCCAGCCCAACGUGCUCAAGACGUAUCUCACAGAAGGACAUCUGGGCAAGAUUGAGCGAGGGUUGUUGAGGCCGUAUUUGAUGCAGAGGUCGGAUUGGAGUACUUUCUCGAGAGGGCUCGAGCUGGACGAGGCUGGGGUGCUGGGAGGGGAGGAUCUUAUUUCGGUGCCUGCUGCCAACGGCAACGGCAACGGCGGGGGAGGGAGAAUCACGGGGAUGCUGGGCGGGGCGGGGUCGCGUCUCAGUAUGGUCGGCGGCGGGGCGGGCUCGAGGCUGAGUACGAUGUCGGGGGUGGCGGGUGCGGGGAUGGGGAGGCUGAAGGAGAUGAUGAAGGAGUUUGAGGCGGGGGAUGAGAGUAGUCGGAAGGCUGGGAUUGUGGGGCGGGGGCAGCGGGGUGGGGGACUGGGGUACCAACCGACGCCGCUGUUCUACAUGGGGAUGCAUUAG